GGUAGUUUUGAGCUUUGAAGGUCGAGCUGAUCGAGAUGGCGGCCGUGAUCUCCUCCAAGGUGGCUGCACUCGUUGCACUCCUCUCCGUGCUCGCCGCGCAUGGCGCCCGCGCCGAACCGAGCUACAACAACGCCACCGAACGCAGAGCCUUGUACUCCACCGGCGGCAGCUGGCUCCCUGCAAGGGCCACCUGGUACGGCCGGCCCAACGGCGCCGGCCCUGACAACAACGGUGGCGCGUGCGGGUACAGCCGCACCAACCAGUACCCGUUCAAUUCCAUGACGUCGUGUGGCAACCUGCCCCUGUUCAAGGACGGCAAGGGCUGCGGCGCGUGCUACCAGAUUCGAUGCACCCGUAGCAACAACCGUGCCUGCUCCGGCACGCCGAAGACGAUCACCAUCACCGACGUGAACUACAACUCCAAAAUCUCCCACUACUACUUCGACCUCAGUGGCACGGCGUUCGGCGCCAUGGCAAGGCCCGGCCUCAAUAGCCAGCUCCGCCGCGCCGGCAUCAUUGACAUCCAGUUCAGGAGGGUGCCCUGCAACUACAAGGGCCUGAACGUGAACUUCCACGUGGAGGGCGGCUCGAACCCAUUUUACUUCGCCGUGCUCGUGGAGUACGCGGGCAGCGACGGCACCGUGGUGCAGGUGGACCUCAAGGAGGCCAACCGCGCGUCAUGGACCCCGCUGCGCCAGUCAUGGGGCGCCGUCUGGAGGCUGGACCCCGGCCACCCGCUGAAGGCGCCCUUCUCUCUGCGCGUCCGCAGCGAUUUGGGCAAGACGCUGGUGGCCAACAACGUCAUCCCGAAAGGCUGGAAAGGCAACAAAAACUACCGCACCAUUUCCCAGUUCAAAUAACCACAAACUUUGCCACCACCAGUCGUAACCAUUGGUCCGAUUGAUUGUUUUGGUAUCGUGUGAAAUGAUUCGGGAUUUUUAACCAGGUGUUGUCGUUGUGUGUUUUGAGAUUCCGGCAAACGUAGUUUACACUGCUCUGCAUUUUGCCAGUGUGUACCCAAAUCGAGUUCUCAAAUAUUUAUGGGAGGUGAUAUUUAUCAGUGGCCUGUUUACGUCAUAGUUUGUAGUUGACGGCCAUAGACAUCUUUAACCUACUGUUGGUUC